GCCUCUGGGAACAGCGCGCGCUCUUAGUGCAUCUCGAGUUUCCCGCAGACGCAGAGAGGCGGAACCGGCCGAGACUAUUUGUAGCGCUCAGGUGAGUCUGUCUGAGGUGUUCUGGCAAAAGGACAGAGGACAUCACAUUACUCACACUGGACGGCGUUCAGUCGCCUAGGACAGAGCGGGACCACAGCAGCUAUCAUGGACUCAAAUGAUAUCAAGACUUAUGAACUGGUGCCACACAGAGGAUUCAAGCUUAUCAGUGGCAUUCACGAUCCAGAUGAUGUAGACCAGAUAUACAACCUGGAGAUCAGAGACUCUGAUGUGUUUGUCGUCACUUACCCAAAAUCAGGGACCAUCUGGAUGCAGCAGAUCCUGCUGCUCCUCGAAGCAAAGGGAGAUCUGACCGCCAUCAGUCAGAACGAAAACUACUCCAACGGUGAUCUCGUCCCUUGGAUUGAGCUGAUUGGCAACAGAGAGACAUUCAUCACGGCGCCGUCACCCAGGCUGAGGGUCACACACCUGCAGCUCCACCUCAUGCCUUCUGCUAUUAGCCAGAGGAAGGGCAAGGUGAUCUAUGUCGCAAGAAAUCCCAAAGAUGUUCUUGUGUCUUACUUCCACUUCCAUAAGCUUGCAAACAUGUUGGAAACUCCAAGGGAUUUUGAUGACUUCUUUGAGAAAUUCAUGAGCGGAGACGUGUAUGGGGGCAGAUGGUUUGAUCAUAUUAAGACUUGGUACUCACAUAAGGAAGACAUGAACAUUCUGUUCAUCACGUAUGAAGAGAUGAUUCAGGACCUGCAGUCAGCAGUGGAGAGGAUAUCCUUGUUCCUGGGGAAAGAGCUGACUGAUGAGCAACUGGCUGAUGUGGUGAAACACAGCACCUUCAACAGCAUGAGAAAGAUCCCUCAAGCCAACUACGAGCUGGUACCAAGUGAGCUGCUCAGCCACCACAAGGGAAGAUUCAUGAGGAAAGGAUCACCUCUGAGUGUCGCCAAAGUAUCAACGGCUGUAGAAACGUGCGUACGCCAGCUAUGAAGUUGGCGUGAGGCACCGCACAUUUCCACGGUCAUUUCACUCUUGAUACAUCUGAACUUUGCCGUGAGAAAGAGCGUACGCCACGUUUUUGUGCGUACGCACCCUUUGUACAUGAGGCCCCAGGUCUCUCUCCUCCUUACCCUCCCUCUCUCCCUCCUCACCCCACCUGGAGUUCACUGACCAGAUGAAGGAGCUGGUCAAUGCUGGACUAAGAUGUACCCCCCGUCCCUCUCCUAUCUUCUCUCCUAUAAGCACACCACGUCGACCACCACCACCUCCAACACAGGCUCCAAAGACUCGUCGCCCAGCCCCCCCACCCCCCGCCCCUCCGAGGAAACAUCCUGUACUGUCUCCUCAACCCGACAAGGAUGAUAAGGCUGCCUGUGUUACAAGCACAAACUGAUGUGUUCUGGGUCCAGGCUGCAGGAUUACCAGCAGUCAUGAGUCGUCCCAGGCCAAGCCGGGGCCCUGUAUGCUAUCAGUUUACAAAAUUCCUGUCUUGAUUAGUCAUAGAAGAACAAAGGUCAAUGUGCUGAGAAACUGGGAGCACAAAAGUAACGGCACUAGAUUAUUAAACUUAAAAAGCAUUCCCUGUGAAUCACAGUCUGUCCCAACAAUUAUAGAGGAUGUUCCUACAACACUAAGACUUGCUUUAUUGAACAUCAGAUCGUUGGCUGGAAAAACAUUUUUAAUCAAUGAUUUUAUCACAGAACACAACCUCGAUUUUAUGUUUUUAACUGAAACUUGGUUGGAUCAAAACAACAGCACAGCUGUUCUCGUUGAGUCAACCCCUCCCAACUACAGUUUUAUUAGUGAGGCCAGAGUGAAUCGGAGAGGAGGUGGAGUGGCAGUUUUAUUCAAAAACUCUUUCCAAUUUAAAAAAUUAUCUUUCAGUAAUUUUUCUACUUUUGAAUAUGUGGCUCUUCAGCUGAAGUCCUCCCCUCGAGCCAUAUUAGUAAAUGUCUACAGGCCACCUAAAUACUGUGCAGACUUUUUCGUUGAUUUUAAUGAACUGCUGUCGAUAAUCUGUAUUGAAUAUGACUGUAUAAUCAUUGUUGGUGAUUUUAACAUUCAUGUUGACAGCCCCCAGGACAGAGGGGCUAAAGAACUGUACUGUACUCUUGACAGCUUUGGGCUGAGUCAACAUGUGUCAAAAUCCACACAUAACAGGGGGCACACUCUGGACCUGCUUAUCUCCAAGGGUCUAAACAUACACAAGGUUGUUGUGAGUGAUGUGGCCCUGUCUGAUCACUGUUGUGUUUUCUUUGAGAGCUCUAUCUCUGUGCACAGG